ACCGCACCCACUACUUCGAUCGCUUCUUCCACCACAGCUGCUACACAGCCAAUAUUCGGUCUAACUGCAACCACGACUGCUGCACCAUCUUUCGGUGGCAUCGCAACUACUUCCACCACGACUGCACCCCUGUUUGGCUUGAGUACUACUGCAGCGUCAACGACUCAGUCGACGCCACUGUUUGGAACAGCAACUACUAGUACAGCUACUCUAGGUGGAACAACAACAGCACAACCAUUGUUUGGUGCUACAACAACAUCUGCAUCUGCGCCUCUUUUUGGAGCUGCUACAACUACUUCGGCACCGGCUUCUGGUCUUUUGGGAUCGUUGUCUGCCCCUAAAACCACCGGCGGUCUGUUUGGUGCCACUACAACAGCGACAACUACUACAUCUGGAGGUCUACUUUUCGGAAGUAAACCGGCUACUACGACCACUACGAGUUUGCUGGGAACGACAACUACACCACUGUUUGGCGCAAAAACAACAUCGGCUCCAUCGCUCUUUGGAGCUGCGACUUCUAUAGGUGGUGUUACUCAAACAACAACAGCACCAUCACUGGGUUUGGGAGGAACAACUCAAACAUCAGGGCUUAGUGCUACAUUAGGAACAACGACUACUGCUGGAGCAGCUGCUGAAAAGGAAAACCUUCGAGAAGGUGUUGUUCCAAAACCCAUCCGUGAAGUUGCUAUCCAACUAAGAGAAAAGUUGAAGGAGAACCGCAGACUGGCCGAUGAGUUUGCAGCAGCAUCAACUGACCGCAGU